GCCUUUAAUAAAUUAAUCAUGAAAGACAACGAGUUUUUUUUUUUUCACAAAUCCUACAUGAUACAUCCACAGUCACAACACAUUGUGGACAUGGUGCAAGACUCACAAGUUGAUAGCAAAUAAACUUAAUUUUGAUGGUGUCAUUGUUACAUCGCAGUUUAUAAUUUACAGUUGUAUAAAAUUAUUUUUAUCAAGCAUUUAAGCUUCAAUCUUUAUCUGUCACUUAUAUAAAAUAAAAAAUAAAUAACUACGAUAUCAAAAUGGCCGAAUUAAUUGCUGUGCCGUUGAAAAAACCAUCUGAUGUUGACGUGAUAAAACCCUUGACAAAUGUCAUAAAAUCAACCUACAAUUCAAGUACAAAUCCAAAGGAUUAUUCAGAUGCAAUAACUGAAUUUUCAAAAUUACGAAAUAAUGCAUUGUGGAGAGCAUUUGAAAAAUAUGAAAGUUCAUUGGAAGUUAUUUACAGUUAUUAUGAUCAACUUUGUGCCCUUGAGGGUAAAAUACCAAUUCAUGAACUUCAAAUUCCAUUUAAAUGGAAAGAUGCAUUUGACAGAACAAUUUUUGGUGGUAAAUUGAGUUUAACAAUAAGUACAUUAACUUAUGAAAAAUUAUGUGUACUUUUUAAUAUUGCUGCAUUACAAAGUUCAGUUGCUUCAACACAAUCGCUCGACAGUGAUGAAAGUCUCAAGCUUGCUGCAAAAUUAUUUCAACAAUCAGCUGGAAUUUAUAAUUAUUUAAAGGGCAAUGUUAUGCUGGCAAUACAACAAGAACCAACACCUGACAUGAGCCCAGACACAUUAGCAGCUUUGUCAGCAUUGAUGCUUGCACAAGCACAAGAAAUAUUUGUUCACAAAGCAAUUCAUGAUUCAAUGAAAGAUCUUGUUAUUGCAAAAUUAGCAUCACAAGCUGAAGAAUUAUAUGCUGAUGCAUUAAAAUUAUUUCAAAAAGAAAUAUUUCGUUCAUUUUGGGAUAAAGAAUGGGUACCAUUAAUAACAGCAAAACAAUCUGGCUAUCGUGCAAUGGCUGAAUUAUAUCAAUCAUCAGUAUGUAAAGCAAAUAAAUUAAUUGGCCAAGAAAUAGCAAGACUUGAAUAUGCUGUUGAUUUAUUUAAAGCAGCUCAAUCAAGAUCAAAUAAAACAAAUUUAUUUGAAGAAUAUGCAAAUAAAGCACAAAGAAGAUUAAAUGAAGUUAAAAAAGAUAAUGAUUUUAUUUAUCAUGAAAGAAUACCUGAUAUUAAAAAUUUAGAGUCAAUUGGUAAAGCAAUUAUUGCAAAAUUAUUACCAAUUAAUAAUCCAAUGAGUAGUAAUUUUAAAGAUUUAUUUGAUAAUUUAUUACCAGUUGGUGUACAUCAAGCAUUAUCAUCAUAUGAAGUACGUCGUACUGAACUUGUUAAUACAGAAAUAUCAAAAUUACGUGAAAUGACACAAGUAUUAAAUACUGUAUUAGCAAGUUUAAAUCUUCCAGCAGCAAUUGAAGAUAAAAGUGGUACUGAAGUACCACAAUCAUUAAUUGAAAAAGCAGUAUUUAUUAGAAAUGCUGGUGGUAUACAAGCACUUGAAACAUCAAUGAAUGAAUUGCCUGAUUUAUUACAAAGAAAUCGUGAUAUAUUAGAUGAAACAAUUAAAAUGUUAGAUGAAGAAAGAGAUUCAGAUAAUCAAUUGAGAGAACAAUUCAAAGAAAAAUGGACAAGAACACCAAGUGAUAAAUUAACUGAACAAUUACGUUCAAAUGCUGGUAAAUAUCGUUUAAUUAUUGAUAAUGCUAUUACUGCUGAUAAAACUGUACGUGAAAAGUUUAAUAAUAAUAAAGAAGGUAUGGAAAUAUUGAGUUUAGCUGAAAAUCAGUUAUCAACAGUAAUACCAUCUGGAUCAGCUGUACAAGAAAGUCGUGCUGUACAAAAUUUAAGAAAUUUAAUGGAAGAAGUUGAAACACUUAAAGCUGAACGUGAUGUUAUUGAAAGUGAAUUAAAAUCAACAUCAUUUGAUAUGAAAUCAUCAUUUUUAUCAGCAUUGGCUAAAGAUGGUGCUAUUGAUGAGCCAAAUUUAUCUGUUGAAAAUAUUGGUAAAAUUUAUGGUCCAUUAACAAGUCAAAUACGUGAUAGUUCAGUAAGACAAGAUAAUCUUAUAAGUAAUAUACAAUCAGCACAUUCUGAAUUUACAAGAGAACAAUCUGGUAGUGGUAGUUCAAGAGAAACAAUGCUUUGUAAAUUAGCAUCAGCAUAUGAUGCAUUUAAAGAAUUAAAAAAUAAUCUUCAAGAAGGAGCUAAAUUUUAUAAUGAUUUAACACAAGUAUUGGUUGUUUUUCAAAAUAAAAUAUCAGAUUUUUGUUUUGCAAGAAAAACUGAAAAAGAAGAAUUAAUGAAAGAUUUAACAACAAAUUUAAGUCAUGCGGGUCCAGCAUCAGCACCAACAAUACCAUCACAUCAUUCAUCAGCUCCAUCACCAAGUAAUCAAACUGAUUCAAGUGCUCCACAAUUACCAUAUCCAACACAGUAUACUGGAGCAAUGCCUGUGCCUUAUGGAGCAUCACCAGCAACACCAUAUCCAACAUAUGUACCACCACCAAUGCCAAAUACGUAUAAUCCAUAUGCAACUAUGCCGUAUCCAAUGCAACAAGGAGGCUAUACACCAGGAAGUUAUCCGUAUCAGCAACCACCUCAACAAACAUACCAACACAAUCCCUACGCAACAUUUCCAAGAUAUCCUCCUGGACAACAACCACCACAACAAGGCCAAAAUCCAUGGUAAAAACAAAAUCCAAAAAAAAAAACUUUGUCCAACACUGUUGAUGC